UAGAUCUAAAAAACGGAUCACAUGAAUGCGUGCGAUUUAAAGAAGCUCAAGUACUUCUUCGGUUCUCUUUCCCACUUUGGCUCUAUGUGAUCAAGAAAGGUCGGCAACUUAUCCUCGGAAUGACACGUGGCAACAUAUCAUUGGUUCGACCUGAGAUCCGGCGCCGGACUUAUCCUCUUAAGUUCUCUCUUUUUGUUAUCACAACUAGAGACAUUGAACAUUGAAGUCAUUGAAGAAUCUCACUGUUUGUGUCUCUAUCCGGAAUAGAGAAAGAAUCCAAAUUUGUCUUUAGGUUUACACUAUCAAAAAUAUAUAGUGGAAAAACUGAAAUAAAUCGUUACAAGUUUAAAAAGAAUAAACACUAACCAAUAAGAAUGGCAAAGAAAAGCGAUAGCGAAGCUUCUAAAUUUCUCUAACAAAGUAACAAUGAAAAUAAAAUAAAUAAAAUUGAGAACUUUUAAAAAAUGGAAAAAAGAAGCAAUAGUCUUUUCAGCAUCAAGAAGAGAGAACAUACCCAUAAUAAGCUUCUUUCUCUUGAUGGAUGAUGAUGAGGAUGAUCAUGAUGAUGAUGGCUCCACUAUCUCCAUAACCUCAUCCCUUUUAGCAUUAUGUAUAAAUACCCCCAUUGAGAUCUUAUUGUCAUUACAAACAACCUACAGAACUAUUCUAAGUCUCUUACGGAAGAAGAAUCAAAGAGAAUCAGAUUAGAGUGUGAGUUUUUGAAGUUACUAAAUGGAGGGUAAAGGACGAGUUGGCUCAUCUUCUUCUACUUCUUCUUCUUUCACAGCCGAACUCUUCGGUUCCAAAGAUCCUUCGCCACCAUCUUCUUCCUCCGGCAUCUUCUCCACCAUUUUCCCUCAUCCCUCCAAGGGUUCUGGAAGAGAUGGUUCAAACUCCAAACAUGGCUCACAAGCUCAACGUAGAGAAUCUUUAAAUGCGCAAGAAGACAGAGUUGAGCCAUGUCAUCUAAGCUCUUCUCUUUACUACGGUGGUCAAGACGUAUACUCUCGAUCCACCACCAACCAAACUUACCCUGCAGUUAAAAAUGAGCGUAGAAGAAGCGGAGAAGACGAUGCUAAUGGACAGAACUCGCAAGAUGUUUCAAGAGGAAACUGGUGGCAAGGUUCUCUUUAUUACUAAAGAACCACUUCCUUUAGUUUCUUAGUAAAUCUCUCCAGGAACCCAUGAAGCUCAAGCCAAGUAGUAAUAUCUACUUAACCAAGACUUUGUAUAAAUAAGUUUAUGCAGGAAAAAAAGUUAUUAGGAGAUUUCAAGAUUAAGUAAUAAUAUCAAAGAAAUCUCCUAGUAAUAGUGUAUCAAAUAGAUUUGUCUAGUACUUGUUACAAUCAACUGUAUCAAUAUUUACUCUGUUUUUCUCUGUCCCAUGCCCAACAAAAUAAUGAAUUCAUUAGCCUUUUUACCAAA